GCUUGAGGCAGGCAGAUCACUUGAGCCCACGAGUUUGAGGUAGCGGUGAGUGUGAUCAUGCCACUAUACUCUAGCCCAAGGCUACAGAGUGAGACUCUGUCUCAAAACUAUAUAUAUAUAUAUUUUUAGAACUUAAUAAAACAGUAUAAAAAUUUGCUUGCAAAUAUUCUAUAGUUAAAACCAUAAUUUUUAAUGAAUAUUAAAUGUUUUAAUUAAGUCUAUCAAACCUUAGCACUGAGGGAAAUUUUGACAUCUUAAAAUUUCAAUUUCUGGAUGCCACAGCAGUCUAACCUGAGCAACAGAGUAGGAUUCUGUCACAAAAAAAUAAAAAUUUCCAGUUCCUCAGCUGCCGCCAGGGUGCUUGGUUCUUCUGAGAAAGCUAAGGCCGCGUUGGGGUGAGGCCCUCACUUCAUCCGGCGACUAGCACCGCGCCUGGCAGAGCUAUCUCAGUACUCGCUCACGCCAUGGCCUCCAUCUCAGAGCUCGCCUGCAUUUACUCAGCCCUCAUUUUGCAUGACGAUGAGGUGACCGCCACGGAGGAUAAGAUAAAUGCCCUCAUUAAAGCAGCUGGUGGAAAUGUUGAACCUUUUUGGCCUGUCUUAUUUGCAAAGGCCCUGGCUGAUGUCAACACUGGGAGCCUCAUUUGCAAUGUAGGGGCUGGUGGACCUGCUCCAGCAGCUGGUGCUGCACCGGCAGGAGGUCCUGCCCCCUCCACUGCUGCUGCCCCAGCUGAGGAGAAGAAAGUAGAAGCAAAGAAAGAAGAAUCUGAGGAAUCUGAUGAUGACAUGGGCUUUGGUCUUUUUGACUAAAUCUUUUUUACUAAGCAUGACA